AUGUCUAUUACAAAGACUUCACUGAUGAUCGUUCUCAUCGCAAUUCUAGCAGACGAAAUCCAAAGUCGUCCAGAAGUUGACUGGUUUGACAGCGUGACUACACGUCUAUUUCGCUCAGGCGAAGUCCACACAGCAUUGAUUAUACAUCAACGUAGUACAGAUUACUCUGAUGCAGUGAAGAACGAAUUGUUUGGUAAAAUCAUGGGGACCAUGCCAAGUGUGAUAGUUGAAGUGGACGGUGGAGUUAUCAACUUGAAAGAACAGGAUUUUGGUGUUGUAUCAGUAAAAUCCACUUCUCUGCUGUUCAUAUUCUAUGCAGACUACUCUGGUGACAAUGUCCAAAUAUACGAAACGAUGCAUGCGAUGAAGAAUCUAACAGAUUUUUCUGUAAACUAUAUUCUCAUCGUAUUGAGAACAUCAUCGAAUCUGACUCGAUCUGUAGAAACUAUCCUGCAGUAUGCCUGGGACCUAUCAAUGUCGAAAAUCUUGAUUGUCGAGAUUCGUCGGUUAAACUCUAAAAAGCGCAAUGAAAUAACCGCAGAUAAUGCAAAAUCUCUUGGUUACGGAAAAUUGAAAUGUUACAGAGUGAAUGGAAAAGUCAACGAAGCCAGUUCAGUCAAACUGAUAAUGCAUCAGUUCAAUUUUUUCAGCAAACAAUUCUUUCACGAAGAAUUUCACGACGGGGUCAAGUUAUUUCCCAAUUUUGCAAAAAAUAUGCAUGGUUAUGUAAUGAAAUCAAUUCCUAACCAUAAUUCGCGACUUCGAUACGGCCAACAUAAAAAUGAAUACCAAAUGUUCCCCCUGUUGUUCUUGAGAACCGAAUUGUAUAAAGACAUGAGUCGAGUAUUGAACUUCACUACUAAGGAACUACUUUUACCAAGCAAAUGGAACCGCAACUCCGUCGACGCUUUGAUUGACUUCGAUAAUAAAGUUGGAAAAAUAGAUAUAAUGGGUCCGUAUUCAGCCGCGUCGUUGCCUAGUACAAAAAUGAAAAUCUUCUUCUUGGAGGAAAUGGAAGAUCGCGAUCUGGUUAUGGUAAUGCCGACCACCUAUACAAUAAAUCAAAAUCUGAUAAAUAAUGCUGUUGCGAGUACUGUCAUUUCAUUCGUCAUAUUUGCACUGAUUUGGUUAGUCGCGAUUAUUUUAAAAUUUGAUAAUAAAACGUGGAGCGCAUUAGCCAUUUUCAGUACACUGCUCUCAAUCACAGUACCUAAUCAGCCCUUAAAAACAAACCAGAGGAUAUUAUUCUUCACCGUCGUCAUGGUCGCUUUUAUGUUCUCCAAUGAUAUUUAUGGGUUUUUAACAAAUCUUGGUAUUGAUCUUUUUGUGGAAAAUGAGUAUGAAACAUUCGAACAAAUUGAUAAUUUAUGCUCGACACCAAUGGUGAAUAAGUACAAUUUUUAUCCAGCUUUCAAGACAGCAGAUGGGGCUAAAUUCAAUUUGAAAAAUAAAUCUGUCAAUGAAAGCAUAGUAUCUUGUCUGAAACAGGCAGAACAGUAUCGUCAUGUUUGUUGUCUAAUGGACAGAGGAAUAUUCGAAGUUUUGACAUUCUGGUAUGGUAGAACCAUAGCUCGAUAUCAACUGAAAAUCGCAAAACCCGUUUUUGCGGUUCAAACUGAAUGUAUGUGGUUUCGACACAAUAUCCCCGGUACAAAUGAAAUGAUUGAGGUUAUCAACAGACUUCGCCAAGCAGGUUUUUUGCGCUCCCGGUAUUCAGAUCCUGACAGCCAUUCAAGGUUGCGUGCCCUACUUCAGCGUACAGACGCGAUGGACAAAAGAAGGACGGAAGAAUCGCGGUUUCAAUUACUGAGAGAACUCAUUUUUCUCUGUGCAUUGGGAUAUUUCUUUGCUGUGGGCGUUUUUAUUGGAGAACUACUGGUUCAUCGGUUCGGAAAUUCGGCUAAGCGGAAGAUGAAACUGGAUCUGCCGAGCGUUCCUGAUAGGAAAAUAGAACGACGAGAAUGGUAG